AUGGACCAAGGCGAGUCAAGUGGCACAGGCAAAGCCAUGCUCUUGCAUUAUGCCGCCCCCGCAUCUUCGUGGUCUGAGGCUCUUCCCAUUGGCAACGGGCGGCUGGGAGCUAUGGUCUACGGGCGAACGUCGACCGAGCUGCUCCAACUCAAUGAGGAUUCUGUUUGGUAUGGCGGCCCUCAGGACAGAACACCACGCGAUGCGCACCGUCAUUUAGCUACUCUCAGGCAACUAAUCAGAGAAGAGAAGCACAAAGAUGCUGAAGAUCUUGUGAAGGAGGCUUUCUUCGCUACGCCAUCGAGCAUUAGACACUACGAGCCACUGGGCCAAUGCAAUAUUGAGUUUAAUCACCAAGAGAGUGAAGUGACCGAUUACACACGGUAUCUGGACCUGAACACUUCUCAAGUCACAACAAGUUACAAAUGCAACGGCAUAGCAUAUCGUCGAGAUAUAAUUGCCAGCUUUCCAGACAGUGUACUCGCCACCCAAGUCCAAGCAUCCGAAAAGAGCCGUUUCGUUAUCCGCUUGAAUCGACAGAGCGAGAAUGAGGUAGAGACCAACGAGUACCUCGACAGCAUCUUCGCGCAAGACUCACGGAUUAUUCUCAAUGCAACACCUGGCGGCGCAAAUAGUAAUCGCCUAUCUCUUGUUCUUGGAGUUUCCUGCGAGCCUAGCGAUGGGACCGUUAGCGCAGUCGGAAAUUGCCUGAUUGUGGACGCGACAAGAUGUGUUAUCGCGAUUGGGGCGCAAACUACGUUCAGAAAAGAUGACCCCGAAAGAUCGGCUCUUUUAAAUGUUGAUGAUGCUCUCCGACGACCAUGGGAUAUUCUCAUUCGCCGCCAUCGAUGUGAUUAUACCAACCUCUUCGGCCGAAUGUCCCUUCGAUUGUUCCCUGAUGCGAACCAUCUACCAACAAAUAAGAGGAUCAUCAGCAAUAGAGACCCGGGUCUAGUCGCCCUGUAUCACAACUACGGUCGAUACCUGCUCAUUUCGUCCAGCCGAAACUCUGAAAAGGCUCUACCGGCAACAUUGCAAGGAAUAUGGAACCCUUCAUUUUCACCGCCCUGGGGAUCCAAGUUCACCAUCAACAUUAAUCUCCAAAUGAACUAUUGGCCAGCUAUCCCAUGCAGUCUCAUCCAGUGUGCUAUACCACUCAUCAGCCUACUCGAACGCAUGGCUGAAAAAGGAAAACGAACAGCCAAGACGAUGUACAACUGCAAAGGAUGGUGUGCUCAUCAUAACACUGAUAUAUGGGCUGAUACAGACCCCCAAGAUCGCUGGAUGCCUGCGACUAUCUGGCCACUCGGAGGAGCCUGGCUAUGUACUGAGGUUGUCAGGAUGCUCAUAUAUCAGUACGAGCCGACCCUGCACUGUCGCAUAGCUCCAAUCCUCGAAGGCUGUGUUCAGUUCCUUCUUGACUUUCUAAUCCCAUCUGCUUGCGGCAGAUACUUGGUCACCAAUCCAUCCUUGUCUCCAGAAAACAGCUUUGUGUCCCAGUCAGGAGAGACGGGAAUCUUCUGUGAAGGGUCUGUAAUCGAUAUGACAAUUGUGCGCAUAGCGUUUGAGAGUUUCCUAUGGAGCAUCAGUAUCCUCGAUCCCGACCAUCCACGAAGGAACGACGUCAUCGCAGCUCUCGAUAAGCUACCGCCCAUGUCACUCAAUAAAGAUGGGCUCAUACAGGAAUGGGGCCUGAAGAACCACAAAGAAGCUGAACCAGGGCACCGACAUGUAUCGCAUCUCUUUGGGCUAUAUCCCGACGAUUCAAUCAGCAUGGACUCAUCGCCGCUCCUGAUCAAGGCUGCGAAAAAGGUCCUUGCUAGGAGAGCGGAGCACGGAGGAGGCCAUACAGGUUGGAGUAGGGCAUGGCUACUAAACCUUCACGCACGGCUCCGAGACUCGCAAGGUUGCCAAAACCACAUGGAUCUGUUGCUGAAAACGUCGACAUUGCCAAACAUGCUAGACAAUCAUCCUCCAUUCCAGAUUGACGGUAAUUUUGGCGGAUGUGCUGGGAUCUUGGAGUGCCUGGUCCAGUCUACACUAAGAUCCGAGCCGUCGAGACAGGUCGUUGUGAUACAUCUGCUUCCGAGCUUACCGUCGUCUUGGGAAGGUGGGAAGUUGAAUCAAAUCAGGGCUAUGGGAGGUUGGCUUGUUUCUAUCGAGUGGAGGGCAGGCAUGCUUGUAAAGCCUCUGCAGGUGGAAGCCACUGUGAUGCAAGCUCCAGACGCUCUCGUUGUGUUUCCUAACGGGGACAAGGUUUAUGUGUCAAGUAAGAAAGCAGGCCCACAAAGUAUAUGGCAUAAAUGA